AUGGACCCCAAGGACUUUGGAAUCUCCACGUUGCCUCUCCAACAUGAGCCAUACGGGCCGAUCCUGCCAGAACGGCUGGUUGGGGCCAACAAAGGGAAGGUUGCUGUCGUGACAGGUGCUGGAAGAGGCAUCGGACAAGCAAUCGCAAUUGCACUAGCGAAUUCCGGCGCCAACCUCGCACUGCUCGACCUCAGCGUGGAAGGACAGGAAGAAACGAAGAGAGCAUGCCAGAAAUACGAGGGCGUGCAAGUCGAGGCAUACGCAUGCGACAUCACGGACGUGACAGCCGUUCGGGCGGCGUUCGCAUCACUCACCAAGACGCUGGGGCCGGUGGACAUCCUGGUGAACAACGCGGGCGUGUCGCACGGCAAGAUGGCGUCGGCGGAGCGGUUCGAGGACUUCUGGCGUGCCAUCGAGAUCAACUUCAAGGGUACCAUGCUGUGCAUCUACGAGGUGCUCCAGAGCAUGCGCGCGCGCAGGACUGGAGCGAUCAUCAACCUCGCUUCGCGCGCGGCGACCAUCGAUAUGCCGACCGGACUGAGCUAUAACUCGAGUAAGGCCGCAGUUGCGCGGGCGACAUCCACGUUGCAGGAGGAGUUUGAGGUUGAGGGUCUGGGCGAGGACAUCUGUGCCUACAGUCUGCAUCCUGGUGGUGUCUGGGGCGCAAUGGUUACCGGUGCGUUGCACGCUGAUGAAUCUACAGGAGGCACGACGCUCGAAGUCCAGCAGCAAAUCCGGCAUAUCUUCAAAGACGGGCCUGAGCUCUGCGGGAACACCGUGGCGUACCUCGCAUCCGGGCGCGCCAAGGAGCUUCGCGGCCAUUACUUCGAUUGUCGCCAUGAUAUCGAGCGUGUGUGCAGCUUUGGACACAAGACUUUGAGAGAUCAUCGCUUGUAUAACCUGACCGUCAAGUUCUUGCCCGGAUAUGAGAACGAGCCGUGA